GAGGUGUCAGAAGUGGAUUUUGAACACUCCUCCUCCACAAGUCUACCAGAUCUCGUCAGCACCUGUAAAUCUUCCUCCUGUCUGUCUCAAACCACAGCCCUGCUCUCCUCCCAGAAUCUCAACGUUAGCCAAGACCUCCAUCAUUCUCACCUGGAUGCAAGUCUGGAUAAGUUAGAUGAGCUUAAUCAGGGGGAGGAGUCUACGAGCUGUUGUCGCAGCCGUACAUCUGUACAGGUGUUCAACCAGACUCCAGGAAGGAGCAGUCACCUGGAGUCUGUAGGGGAGGAUGAUGAGCUGCUUGUUGGGACGACCAGCAAAGUGACAGAGAAGCUUUCAGCUUGUCGACUUAAACACACUCUACCUCAGCAGCUGGACUCUGCUGGAGUGAAACAGGAAUAUCAGUUAGCUAAGAAAUCAGCUCGAUCCCUGAGCACCGUUCAAGUAGAGUCUCCAUGGCGACUGGCACAACCGUCUAUUAUCUCCAGCAUUGUGCUGAUGAAAGGCCAGGGCAAGGGCCUCGGCUUCAGCAUCGUUGGUGGGCAGGACACAGCACGAGGGCAGAUGGGUAUUUUUGUUAAAACCAUUUUCCCUCAUGGAGCUGCAGCAGCCGAUGGACGACUUAAAGAGGGAGACGAGAUCCUGGAGGUAAAUGGAAACUCACUAAGGGAACUCACUCACCAGCAAGCAAUCCAGACCUUUAAGCUGAAGAGAGGUGUGGUGACCCUAACUAUCCGAACCCGUCUGAUUAGCCCCAACCUGACUCCAUGUUCCACCCCCACCUUGCCCAGUCGCUCUGCAUCACCCAGCUCCAGAACCAGUGGAGGAACACCAGUGCCAGUAGGACUGGAUGGAUCUGAUGGUAACUGGGGUCCAGGUCCUGGUUCAAAGGACCGCAUUAUCAUGGAGGUCACACUUAGCAAAGAGCCUGGCGUUGGUCUAGGGAUCCGAAUUUGCUGUCUGACUCCGGAGAACUCGGCUCCUGGGAUCUACAUCCACAGUUUGGCUCUGGGAUCUGUGGCAAAGAUGGAUGGAAGGCUCAGCCGUGGAGAUCAGAUCCUGGAGGUGAACACGGUCAGUCUCCGUCAUGCUCCUCUCAGUGAGGCCUACGCUGUCCUUACCGAUUGUGGACCAGGACCAGUCAGUCUCAUCAUCAGCAGACACCCUAAUCCAAGGGUGACUGAACAAGAAAUGGACAACAUGAUAUCACGAUCAACAAACAAGGACAAAAUGAGCAGGAAUCGAUCUUCGCCCAGUUCUCAGGAGCUCACCUGUGGGAACCCCCACCCAGCUGGGAAGGAUGGGUCGGGAGGUGUCCUGGCUCCUUUCAGCUGGAGCAUGAAGAGGUUCCUGGAGCCGGCCACGAGAGGCUCACUGAGUUCAGAGACAGAACUGUCUCAGUACUUCUCUCAAGACGUUCCAGACCACCCCUUCCAGUCGGACCCAGUUCUGUCAGUCAGUGAUGGAGUUCUUCACCAGCAGAGUUACAGCAUCUCAGCGGAAGAUGGUUUAUCACAAACACAAAGUAAACACUUAUUCUCCUCUAAAAGCAAACAAAGCCGUUACUUAUUUUAUUCUCUGUACCUCCCAGAGUGUGACCCUGAGUGUAGCUUAUCAGCUGAGAAGGUCUCCAGUCUCCUUAACCAUCAUCAGGCUGGUGGUGUCUCCAGCCCAGCACCAGCACGGAGCCCACUCCUUCGCCAGCGACGGAUAUUCUGCUAUGACGAUGAGCUCAGAGAUUCUGAGGAAGAUAAAAACGCUGAGCUCUUAUCCCUGCCACACAAGCCCAGACCUGAUGAUGUGGUUCCAGGUUUGCUCCAGAUCCAGACUGAUCUGACACUGCGUGAAGAUAACCAAGAGGGUGCUGCUGAACCUGGAGAUGUUCACACAGUGAGCCUGAGGAGACGUGACAAUGAGAGCUUUGGCCUUGAUGUGGAGAUCACGUCAUCUCCGCUGAAGGUUCUAAUAGUUGGGUUAAAGCCUGGUAGCAGCCCAGCAGAACCGAACUCAAGUGGAGAACUCAGUCCUGGAGAUGUGAUUGUCAGGAUCGGUGAUAGAGCAGUGAGCUCCUUUAGCUACCAGGACCUCUGUGAGCUGAUGCACAACCUUCCCACAAUGCUGUCCCUGGAGAUAAAGAAAGCACUUCCAGAUCAGCUUUCAGGUGUAAUGAUGUCACCAGGGAGCAGCGAUGGAGACAUCAGAUCAACCCAAACAUCUGAAGAAGAUGACCCAACAUUUGUGAAAGUAGCACACAGCUGUCUAUUAGAAGCAAGCAUCACUAGUGAUGAAGACACCAGCAUCACGUCUCCUGUUGGGACGCUGUCCUGUUUUAGCCAACAGACUGAGGACUCUGGUUCCUGCCUGCAGAACAGCUCAGAGUCAGAUCCAGGAAGUGUAACAAGUCCUGAAAGUUCUGACGGCUUUACCACUGAGAAGAGUCUGAUUGCUGAUAUGAUGACUGAUGGGAGUCUGUGUGACUCUUAUGGACAGGAGGUGGAGCUUCACAAACCAUCUUGUUUAAACCAGCUGCCCCAGGAGCCUCCUCCUCCUCUCCAGCACGUCAGACACAAAGUUAAUAAGGUCUCCACUUCUUUGCCCCUGCUGGAGCUGUACAACAGGACAGGACCUGAAUCUGCUGAAGAGGGCCUCAUUAAUGGGGCCAAAGUAAAUACCGUCCUGUCAUCCAGCCAUAAAAGCUUAAGCAUUUACAGGAGCCCCUCUCAAGCAGACACCAGCAUCUCUCAGGGUGCUGCUGCAAAUAUGCCUGCAGAUGGAACCCAACGUUUAUUUAAACAUCUGAGUACACAAACCCUUUCUGUGUAUUCCCGGACUUCAGAGUCGAGCUGCGGGUCAGACAAAAGAGUUUCAACGUCAGAACAGAACCAACAGCCUAAAGAUCAGUUUAGCUCCGAUCUCUCUGUGAAGAACAAUUCGAGCCUAAAACCUCCCAGGCAGUCCAACUGUAGUGUAGAGAACAGUACGUUUAGACUUCAAACUGAAAGUUGUCCACCAAAACGAACUGUUCUGAGCAUUAAAAGUAAAGUCCAGUGGAAGCCUGAACAGAAACUAGCCUUGAGUCAGAACCCCGUGUCUUCUGACACAAAUGUGGCUCUGAAACAGUUUACGAGUCUAAUGCCUCCAAUGGCAACCAUGUCCCGCCUUAUAAAUGCCACUAACCAGGAGGACAUGAAGAGCUCUGAAGAUGACGGAAGACAAAUCCCAGGUGAGCGUGGACAUUCGGGUGGUGUCUUACAGAGUGAGCAGCUGGCUUUGGAAAAGAACGUCAACUUACGUUCCAAAUCCCAGACCCAAACACGGAGAACGUUCAUAGAACUUCGAUUGUCCUCAUCUGGUUUCUUAUCACCAGCUUUCAAGUGUAGAGAUGAGGUGACUUCUAAAGACUUUCAAAUCAAAAUGGAUCAAAGAUUCCCAUCCCAACCUUCUCCCGUCUCUGCGGACGAUGCCAUGCUCAGUGACCGACUACACUCCACUAAAAAUGCUCACACAAGAAAAACGAAUGGAUCCAAAUCUAGAAGUGCCGUGGAGAUAGGGGGGGCUUUCAGGCCCAGCACAUCCAGGCAGAGCAUGAAAAGGCGAAGCUUGUUCACAGACAACGGCCUGUCUGCAGACUGCAAACCCUUUUCUGUUCAACACAAAAUCAAAUCCUUUGAAAGCCUGGCUAAUGUUGACAACCCUUCAGCUAGAAGCAGUGAUGUUCUUUUGUUUGCUCUGACAUACUCCGCCCCACUCAAAAGGAUUUCUGCUGACAGCAAGGGCCAAGAAGCCAGCACCAGCUCCGCUCCAUCCACCUCACAUCUCCUUGGUGAACACGGGCAGGGCGAGGAUCCUACCUGCCUGGAUGGUACCUCACAGCAGACACGGCUGCUGCAGCACAGGAAACGUGGCAGACUUCCCUCUAGAAGGAUGCAGCAGCUGAGAGCUCUCAGCAUGCCUGACUUAGAAAGACUGUGCCCAGAUGACUUCAGAGGGUGUGAGACAGCUGUAACUAAAGCAGAUGUGAGCAUUCACUACGCGUCGUCUUCAUCUGCAGUCCCAACUGGUGCUGCAGCUGCUGCUGCUCAGCAGGGAGACACCAAACCACCUGGCUGGUCCAUCAGACUGAAGAAUUUGGUUUCCUGUCCCAUGAGUCAGCAGAAGCUGCAGACGCUGCUGUCCUCCCAGAACUCCAGAUCCUAUGUGUCAAGUCUGCUUGAUGAGACCAAGAUCUCACAGGAGACCUUAAACACCAUCCUUGUUGUCCUGAAUAAAGAAGAAGGUUCAGGACUGGGUUUUAGUGUCUCAGGUGGUGUCGACCUUGAACAGAAAAACAUAUCUGUUCACAGGGUCUUCACCAAAGGUGCAUCCAGCUCUGAUGCCACCAUCCAGAGAGGUGACAUCAUCUUAUCUAUAAAUGGCACCAGGCUGGAGGGUAAAUCCCAUGCAGAGGUGGUGGCAUGCCUUCAUCAAGCCAGGUUCUCCACUCAAGCCUUAGUAGUCCUCUGGAGAAGCGAGGACACAAACCAGUUCCUCUGAUGGACAAAUCACCCCACCCAGUGGUGUGUUUAAAGCCAACAUCUGUAACAUCAGCCCCACUUGGACAGCCGGAAGCAGUGAGAUGUGUUUGCACAGAUCUGAACAUUAAACAGGCUAAUGCUAAAGCUAAUGUGUGGUUCUGAGGCAGAGAGUCGGAAUCUCUCAGCUGUCCCUGAUACAAUCUGAAUUAUUUAGGAUCAAGAUAACUGACAUUAAUGUUAGCAUUAAAGUUUAUAAAAUGUGUGCGUGCGAGUGUCUGCAGAGGAUCUGAGUGUAGGGAGAAAGUUUAUCACCACUGAUCUGUGAUGCUCACUGUUUAACAGACUUCCUAAUAUCUGCAAUCUGUUUUAUAAUUCACUUUAUUUAUGGAGCACCAAAUCACGGCAGACUCAUCUCAAACAUUCCAGAACCGGUCAGGGGCCUCGUUCAUCAAGCUAGCUUACGCACAAAACGGGGUCAGAAAACUGCGUAAGCAACUUUCCACGCAAACUUUGGGAUUCAUGAAAGAAAACUUAGCGGGAAAAUGUGUCCAGCUUUAAGCUGACUAAGGACCUGGCUUAUGCACGUGUUGGACAUGGAGAGCACCUGCAGUGCUGCUGCUGAGAAGAUACAGUUAUGAAAUCCUGCAGCAUUAUCACUUGUACACACACACACACACACACACACACACACAUGCGUGCACACUCACACGCACGCGCGCACACACACAGCCUGAAGCGCAGAAUAUCAGCAGGGGGACAGAUUGAGACAGAGCAUCAUGCGUCUGUGACAGUGUGUGUCCUGUCACUGUGACCUGGUUGAUCAUGCGUCCUGGCUAGUUGAACAGGGGAGAUCUCUGUUUGGGUGACUGGUUAGCGCGCGUGACUUUCACCCGGGAGUCUGGGGAUCGAAUCCCGAUUGGACCAUUUUUUAUAUCCGCCACAGAUCUCUCUGAAGAAGUCAGCAUUGACGGCUUCAGCAACGCUGUGCCACUCCGUGGAUUUUCUCUUAUUUGUUUUGCAAAAGCACUUCCUUUCAUUUCUCCACCUCACCCACAGGUACCUCAACUUCUGCUCGUGAAAUAGCGCUUCCUUGAUCUGCCUUGAUCUACGGUCAUGAUCGAAAUGCUGCAACAAGCCGGCUUAUGAUAAAUGAGACCCCUGGUCAUUAAGCCAGUCAGUAAAAAAAUUUCUAUAUAAGGAACCCAGCAAAUUGCAUCAAGUCACUGACUAGUGUCAGAGACUUUACAGCAAUCCUCAUUCUAAGCAAGCAUGCAGCGACAGUGGAGAGGAAAACUCCCUUUUAACAGGAAGAAACCUCCAGAGGAUCCUGGCUCAGUAUAAGCAGCCAUCCUCCACGACUCACUGGGGAUGGAGAAGACAGAGCAGACACACACACACACACACACACACACACACACACACACACACACACACACACACACACACACACACACACACCAAGUAGUGUUUCUAUGGCUGCAUACAUUGCAAUUUCUGUGUUGAUAUUCUAUUUCUGAACAAAAUAAAUUUCAUUCCCGUAGAUGCCCGUUAAACGUGGCCUACCCAAUUCCUUAGAUCCUCUUCUAAACUGCCUAGAUGAGGUUAAAACCUGGAUGUCUGCAAAUUUUUACAUUUCAAUAAUGACAAGACUGAGGUCAUGCUUUUUAGUCCUAGUGUGUCCAGUGGGCCAUGUUCUGCUGACCUUGGUCCACUAGCCCUGUUUUUGAAACCUGUAGCAACCAGUCUGGGAGUCCGGCUUGACAGUGACCUGCUUCUGGAAAAGCAAAUCAGUGCCGUCACCAAAGGCAGUUUUUAUCAGUUAAGGAGGAUCGCCAAGGUUAAGCGUCUGCUCUCAAGUCAUGACUUUGAGACGGUGAUUCACGCGUUAAUUACAUCACGUCUAGACUAUUGCAACGCACUGUACCUUGGUCUUCCUCAGUCUCACCUCUCCCGUCUUCAAAUGGUGCAAAAUGCAGCAGCACGCCUAUUGACGGGUUCGAGAAAGAGGGAGCACAUCACCCCAAUUUUAGCUUUGCUGCACUGGCUGCCUGUGGAUUUUAGGGUCCAGUACAAGGUUCUUUUAUUGGCUUUUAGAGCUGUACAUGGCCUUGCGCCGCAGUAUCUGUGUGAACUUUUAGUUACUCACUCCCCGUCUCGGUCACUGAGGUCAGCCAACCAGUUUCUCCUGGAGGUGCCGAGAACAAAGAGAAAGCUCAGGGGUGACGGAGCUUUCUCAGUAGCAGCUCCAAGGUUGUGGAACGCACUCCCGAUCCAGAUUAGGAUGGUUUCGUCACCGUCGGGUUUUAAAUCACUUUUAAAGACUCAUCUGUUCUCAGCUGCUUUUAAUUCAGUUUGGGAAUGCAUCUGUUUUAGUAGCUUUUAUGUCAGUUUGAUAUGUUUGUUUUUGUCACGUUUUUACUUUGUGAUGAACUUUUUAUCUUAUUUUUAGAAUUUUAUGGAACUUCUGUUAUUUUUGGCUUGUUAAGCGCUUUGGUCAGCUAUUAUGCUGUUGUAAAGUGUUUUAUAAAUAAAGUUGACUUGACUUGA